GGAGCGCCUGGUAGUGACGCAAGCGGUUUGCGACGCUCUCGGCUGGCGGACUCCUGGGGUCCUACGCUUGAAUUGCUGCAGGACCGGGCGCUAUGGCCUCUGCCGGGGUGGCCCCCGGGCGACAGGCGGAGGACGCGCUACCGCCGCCUUCCGAGUCGCCGCUGCCCGAGGCCAAGUCGCUGCCACCUCCGCAGCCGCCGCCGCCGGUUGCCGCGCCCCAGCCGCAGCAGUCGCCGGCGCCACGGCCUCAGUCGCCGGCCGACGCGAAGGAGGAAGAGAACUACUCCUUCUUACCUUUGGUUCACAACAUUAUCAAAUGCAUGGACAAAGACAGCCCCGACGUCCACCAGGACCUGAACGCCCUCAAAGCCAAGUUCCAGGAGAUGCGCAGGCUCAUCAGCACCAUGCCUGGCAUCCAGCUGAGCCCCGAGCAGCAGCAGCAGCAGCUGCACAGCCUGCGGGAGCAAGUCAGGACUAAGAACGAACUUCUGCAGAAGUACAAGAGCCUCUGCAUGUUUGAGAUCCCCAAGGAGUAGAGCCAGGCGACUUCCAGGACUGCCCGAGAGGGCAGGAGGCGCGAGGCCCUGCCAUCUCCCCCACACUCCUUGGCGCUGCUCCUUCGACCCCAGCUCUGACCUGCAGCCAAGCGGGGCUGCUGUGGGGCCUCCUUAGCUGAACUUGGUCUUGACCAUGUGGGCGUCAGCCCCGGCUCGUGUGUGUGUGUGUGUGUGUGUGUGUGUGUGUGUGUGUGCGCGCGUGUGCACCUGACUCGAGUGCCCGCUGUGAGAAAGAGCGUUGGGGGGGGACCCUCUACCCUCUCUCUGGGGAGGGGCAUCUGCUGUGCCUGGGCCCACCAGCAGCUCUGAAGGGCAGUGUGGGGAGGGGAGCGCCUCCUGCGGCCGCCUGCUCUCGGCUCCUCCCACCCCCAGUACCAUCAGGGUGUACCAGGUACAUACUGUUCCCAUUAGCAGCAUUUGCAUAGAAUUCACUGCUUCGGUGAGAGCUCCAAUCGUACGGCAUGAAUUUAAUAGAAUUAAAGAAGGCUCUGAGAAAUGAACACUCUUUUGAAAGGCCAGAGGGUGGGUGGCUGUUCCUCCCCGAAACAGUUUAGUUCCGUUCUGUUUGAGCGGGUGAACAGCUGCGUCUGUGGGGUGCAGGCAAGAGCCCGGGCAGGGGCCGCCGACUCCAGGCUCCCCCUGCUCCGCCUCCUUACAGCAGCUCUCGCUUUGUUCCCUGAGACCACAGGGCCCAAGAGGAGCCGGCCGCCCCACAGUGCAGCGCUUCCCGCGGGUGGAGAGGGCCCCGUCCCGCACGGGCCCAGUCGGGUUUUAGGCGGGCACAUCUUUCCUCCGACCCACACUGCCCUGGCCUAGAGCAUUAUUUCCUCUUGGCCUCCUCACCAGAGCCACUGUACUUGCUGCCCUGCGAAGGGUUUCCAAUAUGCCUUUCGUUCAGAGACUCACGGUUCUAGUGGAGGUUGGGUGGUCCGUCAGCAAGGUGGCGGGUAGCUCUGGGCCAGUGCUGGCGGAAUGUGAGCCGGGGCAGCUUCGCCUAGGUGUUUACAUAUACACUUGAUGUGCCCCAGCCCUGUUGAUUUCUUCCAGCAAGGUGGUGUUUGUAGCCUCUGGCUGUCAUACUGAUAGGUGAUAGUCCCUUCCCCUGCGCCUGAGGGUACUGGAGAAGUAAAACUGAACAUUGUUUAGACCUAGAAAUGGGCUCACUGCCUGUGCUACCCAGUUGGGGGCUUAGCAGCCACCCGCCAAUGGCCUCAUUGGCAGCAGUGCUGCUUGGGGUGUUUGUAGCAGGGGUUCCAGCAGCAUCAGCCUGUAACCACCUGUCAGGAGACGGCUGGCAUGUUGGGAUCCCACAGCUGUGUCGGGGAAGAGACCAGCUUUCACUGGCCAAAAAAGCAGUCUGAGUUGAAUUGGGUGAUCACUUGUUACACCAGUUCUACCUAGAGAUUGAUACUUAACUGAAUCAGUUAUUCUCUUGAAAUUUCACAGUAGUGGGUGGGCCGAUUUUAAGGCUUUGACUAAAUACCACAAAACACAAAACCCAUAAAAACUCCAUAGACAGUGGCUGGGUGUGGUGGUGUGCUGGUGUAAUCCCAGCACUUG